CACACCUAACAAACCUCGUAAGCAAAACACACCUAACAAACCUCGUAAGAAGCAAACGCCUAACACAACACCGAAACCAGCUGUUGAAGAAUUGUUGUCUCUUGAACACGUCUUGCUGAGACCCGACUCUUAUGUUGGUUCCCUUGAAGCUUUAAAAGAAAAGAAAUGGGUUUUUUAUUCUGAAAUGCAAAGGCUUGUUUACAGAGAAAUUACCUACGUACCUGGACUAUAUAAAAUAGUGGAUGAAAUCUUAGUAAACGCUGACAACAAGGUUCGAGACGAUAAAAUGAACCUUAUUAAAGUUGAUAUUGACGAAGAAGGAGGUCAAAUUUCCAUUUUUAAUAACGGAAAAGGAAUCCCUAUUGAAAUGCACAAUGUCGGAAAAGUCUAUGUACCUCAGCUCAUCUUUUCGCAGCUUUUUACAUCUCCUAAUUAUGAUGAUAAGGAAAAGAAAGUUUCCGGUGGUCGUAAUGGUUUCGGUGCUAAAUUAGCAAACAUAUACAGUACCGAGUUCAUUUUGGAAACAGUUUCAAUGGGCAAAAAAAUAUCGCCAAACUUUCGGAACAAUAUGACCGUAAUCGAACAACCUAUUAUCACUACUUGUUCCAAAAAUACUGGUGAUUACACGUGUGUCAUCUUUAGACCCGAUUUUCAAAAUUAA